UCAAAGCACCAGGAGGUUUCUGAGCUCUGACGGCUAAAUAGACUCACAGAAGACAGUUUAAACGAAAAUCGCUUCCAAAUUUUCAUCUGUUCGCAGGUUUUAGAACAUACCCAAAAUCAAUUAAAAGGACAUGUAAAGAAAGCACACAAGUGGAGUUUCCUCCUGCUUUUUCCUCCCAAAGACCAUCAGUUUCAAAUCGGCCAUGGUAUCAUUGCUUUUCUGGGACUCUCUGCUGGCAGCCCUGCUGCUAUAUAACUUACCUCUUUGAAGGCUUACUUGUCUCAAAGCAUGACAGAGAAAAAGAACAUGAAGGAUGAUGAAUACGGAGUCCUGCUAUACUAUAAAUACACAGAUAUUCCUAAUAUUGAUGACUUAUUCAGAUUCUACAAUUCCAACUGCAACUCACUCUCCCUGAUUGGCCGUGUGCGUCUUGCCCCACAUGGUGUCAAUGUCACCAUUGGGGGGAAAUUGUCAGCUUUAGAGGAACACAUUGCAGUUAUGUCUAAGAAUCAGUUAUUUGAGGGAACAGAUUUUAAGCUAGCAACAUGCAGCGAGCCCAUAAAUGAUAAAGUAGCUGAGGAAUGUGGUUUUACUACUCUUUCCAUUCGAAUCGUUAAAGAUUUAGUUACAUUAAGUUCUAACCCUCUUUCGAAGCCACCUGACAUCUCAAAUUCAGGGAAGCAUUUAUCAGCAGUUGAGUUCCACUCGGUUCUUCAAAAUGCUGGAAAAUCCGUGACCGAUGCUUCAAAAAAACUUGUUUUACUUGAUGCAAGGAAUUUAUAUGAAACAAGAAUUGGUAAAUUCCAUGCUCCAAAUGUCGAGACGUUAGAUCCAGAAAUCCGGCAAUACAGCGAUCUACCUUCUUGGUUAGAUACUCAUUCCGAUAAGUUACGUGGGAAUCAGAUUUUAAUGUAUUGCACAGGUGGAAUUAGGUGUGAAAUGGCAUCAGCAUAUAUUAAGUCCAAAGGUCCCGGUUUUGAAAAUGUUUUUCAAUUAUAUGGUGGCAUUCAACGUUACAUGGAACAGUUUCCAGAAGGCGGUUAUUUUAAAGGAAAAAAUUUCGUUUUUGAUCAUCGGGUUUCAGUUGGAUCUUCCAAUGCAAAUGUGCUCGGUAAUUGCCUUAUUUGUAGCUUUCCGUUUGAUGAUUACUCUUCACGGAUCAGAUGCAGCUACUGUAGGAUGCUUGUUUUGGUUUGCAAUGAGUGCCAGGGUAAAAACUUGUAUGUUUGUGAGUUAUGUCAGAAAUAUGGUAAGCUUGUUGAAUCUGAACCUCUUUCAAUUCAAACAAAGGGUUCAAAAAAGCUGAGAAUUCUGUGUCUACAUGGGUUCCGGCAGAAUGCUUCUAGUUUUAAAGGAAGAACGGCAUCUUUGGCUAAAAAGUUAAAAAAUUUGGUCGAGUUUGUUUAUAUUGAUGCACCGCAUCAAUUGCAGUUUAUUUACCAAAAUAAAGAAAUUGGUGAUCUCUCUUCUAGACGACCAAUAUCACCUCCAUAUAAACAAUGCAACAGAAAGUUUGCCUGGUUUGUUGACCCGGACACUGAUGAAAAUACAAGCUCUGAUUGGGAAGCAGCUCAUGUUCCUUUUGAUUCUCUACAGUACCAGAAACAAACUGCUGGUUUUGAUAAAUCUCUUGCAUACUUGAAAGAAAUAGUGUCAGACAAUGGACCAUUUGAUGGGAUUUUAGGAUUCUCUCAAGGUGCAGCUAUGGCUGCUUGUGUUGCUGCGCAGCAAAUGAGUCUGAAGGGUGAGAUUGAUUUCAGAUUUGUAAUUUUGUGUUCCGGGUUUUCUGUUAAUUUACAACAGUAUGAGAAGAAUCCAAUCAAAUGCCCUUCACUUCAUAUAUAUGGUAGUGAUCACGGAAAGGAUACACAGAUAGCAUUUGAUGCUAGUAGAAGCCUUGCAUCAUUGUUUGACGAGGGUUGUUCUGUUAUAGUCGAACAUGAUUGUGGUCAUAUUAUUCCUACAAGGUCACCAUAUCUUGAUACUAUUAAAGAUUUCCUUCAGCGGUUUCUCUAGCUUUGAGGUAACUAGUUUAAUUUGCAAUUUGGUAGUACCUUUCUUGUUAACUCUGCUUCAGAUGUCAUGAAAUGAGCCAUUGUAGUAUGCUGUAUCUUGUCGUUUUGCUGAUUAAACAAUCAAUUUGCCUGUGUAGUUCUUGUUCUGCAUGGUCUUGUGCAACUUGACUCUAUUUUACA